UGAGGUGCGCACGCAGCUGUGCCUGCUGUCUGGAGUGAGCACGGGACCCCUGAAACCGCAGGACUCCGGAGCAUCCUGCAGGACAGUCUGCACGCAUCCUGUGCCCUCCUGGAGAAGAGCAGCCGGCAGCCUCACACUCGGCCCCCGCCUGCCCCGAGCCAUGAUCAGGAAGGAGAUCUCCAGAUCCUACCAGGAGCUGAGUGACGACACAGAGCAAGGACCAGGGGAUCAAGCGAUCAUUGAGGACAUGGAGGAGGAAGAGGAGGAAGAGGAGGAUGAUAAGAUGUCUUCUGUGCUGCCAGACCAAGAGCCGGGUCGAUACAGUCCUUCGGUGCGAUUCAGCCGGACGUGCCUGAAGAAUGUUUUCUCCGUGCUGUUAAUCUUUGUGUAUUUGUUGCUGAUGGCGGUGGCCGUGUUUCUGGUGUAUCAAACAAUUACUGACUUCAGGGAGAAGCUGAAGCAUCCAGUCAUGUCCGUGUCGUACAAAGAGGUCGACGUGUAUGACGCGCCUGGUAUCGCCCUCUAUCCAGGAAAAGCUCGGCUUCUGAGCUGCGAGCAUCACCUCUACGAUCACAUCCCGCCUCUGAUAAACCCCGGCCAACCUGCGGAGAAUAAAUGCGUUACCCAGAAGAUCAACUACACGGACCCUUUCACCAACCAGACCAUGAAGAGCGCCUUAGUCGUCCAAGGUCCUCGUGACGUGAGAAAGCGGGAGCUGGUCUUCCUCCAGUUCCACGUAAAUGAAACCAAACAGGAUUUCAGCGCCAUCGAUUACCUGCUCUUCUCCUCGUACACCAAGUUCUUAAAAAGUUCCAACCAGACGAAGUUCAUGCAGGACUGCGAAGGCUCCUUCUCCAGCUGGAAGUUCUCUGGAGGGUUUCGCACCUGGGUUAAAAUGUCCCUGGUAAAAACAACCGAGGAAGACGGAAGUGAAUCAGUGGAAUUCAGGCAAGAAACCAGCGUUGUGAACUACAUCGAUCGAAGACCCGUAGCAGAAAAGGGGGACCAGUUAUUUUUUGUGGUGUUCGAAUGGAAGGAUCCUUAUAUCCAAGAAAUUCAGGACAUAAUCACUGCCAACCCGUGGAGUAUGAUAGCCCUGCUGUGCGGGGUAUUUCUGGUCUUAUUCAAAGCGGCAGACUUUGCCAAACUCAGCGUUAAGUGGAUGAUUAAACUACGAAAGAGACACCUGAAGAAGAGAGUCCGGGAACUCAACCACAUCAGCUGAGGCGGCGUAUUACCGGGCAGAC